AAUAAACUUCAGUUAUAGUCACAGAAAGCCACAAAGCAAAAGCACAUGGCAUGAAACCUCACACGUGAAUUUUUGCAUCUAGCGACAUCUGGCGUCCAUACUCUGAAUGAAAUAUAAGACUGUUUUAUCGACACACGAUUUGCCUACUAAAGAAAAUAUGAGAACUGAAAGAUUUCAGGAGAAAUAAGAUAAAUAUAUUUCGAACUCGUUAUAUCUUAAGUAUAUUUUCAUAUAAGUAAUCCAAUUUACUAUUAAACUUCCAAUUAAGAAUUUAUAUAUUUUGAAGAUAAAAUAAUGACAGAAGCAGCUAAAAAGCCUGCGACUGCAAUAGCCAGGCCCCCUAUAAGUGACUCAAGUCUUAUGUACAUUCCGGAGGAUGCUGUAGAAGGUUUCCAAGAGCGUAUAGAAACAGGAAUUGAAUGGACGCUGAUUGAGAAAGGGGCACUUUAUCAUAGAACAAACUGCUUUAAAGAUGACAUCCCGAGCUGUACUUUCACCGAAAGUCUCAAUACUAAACUUGAAAAUAGCAUUUAUCAGACCUUUUUAGAUAAUGAGUCAAAUAUAAAACUAGAAGACAAAUGGGAGCUUCUCCUACCAAUUGCAUUAUGGGAUAAUGAAAAGUUUUCCAAUGAAGAAGGAAAGAUAUGUUUCCGUAGUGCAAAUAAUUUAACUGAGGACAUGGAUAAAAUAAUAAAGAACGCUGUGAAAGCAGGAGAUCAAGACGGAAUCAUGAAAGAUUUUUAUUUAGUUGACGUGUUAAGAGUGAAUGACGCAAAGAUGACGGAGUUAGACAACGGUUUAAAAAAAUUCAAGAACUUGAUUACCCUCACUUUAUGUGGAAAUUAUAUCAGUGACAUUGAUGCGACAUGCCUUCCUUCUUCAUUGAGAACUCUGGAGCUACAGGCGAACAGAAUCAAAUCAGUGCACUCGUUUGCUGAACACUUGCCUAACGACUUGUUGUAUCUGGGUUUAUCUAGGAAUUUGCUCAAUGAUGAUAGUGUUGAGGGAUUCUCGCAUAUACCGUAUAAUAUCACGGUUUUAGAUUUGUCAGACAACGACAUCUACCAACUGGAGCCGUUAUUAGAAAUAUUGGCGCGACUUCCGAACCUCUCGGCGCUUCAUCUAGCUGGGAACCCUUGCGCGGUAUGUGCAGGAUAUGCUCGUGUGACAUUACUGAAAUUGCCACGUUUGAGGUGGUUGGACUCCAGAGAAAUCCUAAUUACAGACAGACCGCCUGAUACCUUUGAACCACAUCCAGAUGACCUGCGAGCUGCUUAUUUCAAUUUUACAAUAUUCAGGAUAAUGUCAGCACCGCAGCCGCCAAAACCUGAAAAGGGAGCUGUGACAACGUUCCACAUAGAAUUAGAAUUGCCUUUAUUAGAUCCAAUAAGGAGGGCUUUUCUUAUGUUCCGAAGAAAUGACUCUCUGACAGAAAUGCUGCCUCCUCCCGAAGACGAAGAAUGGAUGACACCUGCAGUGCAUCCUUCGUCAGUUGCUAGAAGCAAAUCAAUCGUGGGAAACACCACCACCACGGACUUAGAAUUAGAAUCGUUGGAGUCUGACAUCUACAAUCACUUAGUGCCGGUGAAUUCACGUGAAAUUCGUCACUACACAAUCUUUGAGAGCAACAAAAUUGUAUGGAAUAAAGUAAUGAAUUUCCAAGAGCCAGCAAUUAAAAUUUUUUGCCCUGAUCUCGUCGCCCUGAGGAAUACCUUUCGGAGUACCAUCACUGUGAGAUUAAUUUAUUCUGUGUCCAUAACCGUAAAACCAGGAAAAGCCGAAAAGAAAAGUCAAACGGUAUUUAAGCAACCUGCAGAGCAACGAGUGACGUUGAUGACUGCUAAAUGUGCGUUGAGACGCCUCGACUGGAGCCAGCCUUCUCAACACUUCCACUGGGAUGACAGCCUGGAGUCCGACGAAGCUAUCCAUUGGGGCGAUGGAGAUCUUUCUAUUAUACAGUACAGCCAAGCUCCGGUUAAAGUCACCAAAGGAAAACAGGAAAGCGAAGUAGGUUCCUCAAGGCAGCUGCCGCCCGAAAACUUAACAUGCCACUUUGGCUUUGGCAUUGACACAUUACGUGCUUAGUUUUUAUGAUAUUUGGGGUAACUCUAAUAACGAUAGUUCUAGAUUAUUUCGAGAGAGAAUUCAUAAAAAGAAAUUAAAACAACGCAUUGAUGGAAAUAUUACAAUUUGAAAGCUUCAAAUUGGAAUAAUAGAUGAGCGACCGAAGACAUAAAUGUAAAUUAGAAAAAUUAAACACAGGAUUAACUCACCUAAGACGCGCUGAUAAUAUACGUUCUGAAAUCUUCAGUGGGAUUCAAGAAAAGACAUUAUUUACUACAACAACUAUUAAUUUCUAAAAUAUUAAUUUUAUUUUCGUGAUCGGAAUACCUUCUUACUGUAUUUUAUUUCUUUAUUGAUUUAAGCCUCUACUGUAGCUCCCUAUGAGACCGAACUGUUUGUAUAAUGUAUUUGGUAACAUAAACUUUAUGCUUAAU